AUGGAAAACAUUCCUUCUCAUCAAGGAAAGUGGCAGAUUACAAAAAUACCCCCCAUCCGCCUUUUAUUUACCAAAAAAUCAACACCCAUCACUACUGCUACUGACCACCAACCACCACUGCCACCGCCAACUACCACCACUAUCAUCACUAAUCAUUACCAUUUCCGCCAGUACCACCACCACCACAAUCACGCGCCACCACCACCACUACUACCACUGCUACCACCUCCAUUGCCAUUACCCACCACCACCACCGCCAUUACCAGCUACUACCAUUACCUCCACCAUCUCCACCACCACCACCACCACCAUCACUCGCCACUACCUCCACUACCAUCAUCACUAUUGUCACCACCACACCACAACCAACUGUCAUCACCGUCACUAUCGCCACCAUUACCACUACCACCACUGUCACGCCCUCUACAGGCGGCAAAAACAUCAGGCCAUGCAAAGUUAGGAUGUUGGAUUUGGAGGCGGGUACAAUGA